GGAUCUGUCCACUGUGGCCAUCAGAGACGAUACAAACGCUGUCUCAACGUUUACUCCCACUCUCUCGCUAUAUGGUGCGAAGUGGCUUCUUCUCAUUCUGAAUCCUCUAGCAUUCCUGCUCCUAACAGUGCUUAAAUGCUCUCUCAAUUUCUGGCUGAAUGUCUGUGCUGGUCUUUGUUGUGAAAGGGUUUGCUAAAUGAGUUAUCGUAGAAAACACUAAGUUUGAGGGCCAAUCUCAUAGUGGGAAAUUGUCGAGACAUAGUUUGGUUGUAUGCUCCAUGAAUUUACCAUGUAUUACAGGGGGUAGAACCUCAUCAGAAAGCAUUGGCCAUAGCAGUCUCUGAGAUAGAAGUCAGUACUGUACUGUUUGUUGAUGCAUCUACUUUUAGAAAGCAUCACAUGGAUGCAUUUCAUUAUUUGUCUUGAGAAGAUGUUGGUUCUUGAUGCAUCAUUCAAGUGUAAUUGAGUUUUUUAACUCUUGGUUUGCCUGUCCACUCUAUAGAAGGAAGCUUUCCUUGCUCGUAUGAGACGAGCGCACCAGGUAAACCAGAGUGGUGCUUGUCGUGUGUUGAUGAUUGUGGAUUGACCAGUCAUACAGUAUCAAAUCAAAUUGUAUUAGUCGCAUGCGCUGAAUACAACAGGUAUUCACCUUACAGUGACAUGCUUACUUACCAGCCCCUCACCAACGACGAAGUUUAAACAUAAUAAUCAAAAUUCAACUUAUUGUGAAGAAUUGAUGACUAAAAUGUUUGCCUGUAAUUCAAACAAAGGAUUGGUGUGAUUUGUCAUUUGAUCGUACUGAUUGAUUUGUGUUUAGAUAAAUGUUUCAUACAUACCCUUAUUUUCUUGAGUGUAGGUUUGUGUGUUUUGAGAUGCAUGGAUUUCCUGCAUUUCCAAUGGUCUCAAAUUGUUCCUAGUUUUAGCUCCAUUGCAGCAGCAAUCAACAUACAGUAAUUGCUCUUUUUACACACAUUUCUGUAAUAUUUCAGGUUCACAUGCCAUAGUAGUUUACACUCUACACAUAUUGGUUACUUAGACGUCACUCUGUUUAAUUUUACAUUUACAUUUACAUUUAAGUCAUUUAGCAGACGCUCUUAUCCAGAGUGACUUACAAAUUGGUGCAUUCACCUUAUGACAUCCAGUGGAACAGCCACUUUACAAUAGUGCAUCUAGAUCUUUUAAGGGGGGGGGGGGCAGAAGGAUUGCUUUAUCCUAGGUAUGAACCAUUCACGUGGUGGAUGACUCAAAUGUAUUGUACUGAAGUGAAUGAGUCAGAAGGAGUUUUGCACAGGUUCAACUUUGAUAGCCAUAAACAGUAGUUAAGUUCUUAAAGUCUUCCAUUAGUUCUAAAGUCUUCCGCUGGCUCCUACAUGGGAAAUUAGAAAGUGAUCACGGGAGCCUUGCUUUAUUCACAACACUAGAGAGACUCCGCCUGGACAGAGGAGCAACUGAGGAAGGAUGCGUCCGUUUGGGACAUAAUGAAGUCUUCGAAGGGUAAUGGCACCUCCAGGUCCAAAAGAGCUAGCCAGGUAUUCCUACUGUAGCCUAGCCACCCACUGCUAUGUCCAUACAACACAUCUAAUGACAACAAUACAACCCAACCAUUUCCCUCACACAGUAUGACCCCCCCUUCCCCUGAUAUGGAUUGCCUUUUGGGAUGUCAAUUGCCAUGACAUCCUUGAAAGAUAAUCCCACCACCCUUAGACAGUAUGUGAUUGGAUAUUUACUGUAGCAUGGAAGACAUCAGCAUGAAAGCAACUGAAGCAUGUUGACAGUACAUUUACCAGAUGCAUGUCGUAAAAAGGCACGUGUGUGUAUUACAAACAGACCUGAAUGGGAUUGUGAGGCGCUCUGGAAUUUGAAGAGAGCCAUGUUGUGUCUAAUAGCAGACGUGUUUGGAUGAUUUGGAUGUUUUGCGUCAAGACUUCCCUGUUUUAGGAUUGUAGAAACUAGAAAGUUGAAUGGCCCCAGUGAGUGAAGUUGUGUACACACCACAGGGUUGUAGACCUGGUUAAGAGCAUGACACAGCAUGUCUCCCUACCAACACCCCCAGACCCCAGUGCUUGGUGUGUCUCUUACCUUGCAUGGUGGGCGGUCUCCUUUGGGGAAACCCUCAUGAGCCCCCCCACCACCCUCCCCAUCCUCUACCCCAGGAACAAGUGAAGAAGCUGGAUGAUGAGAUCUGGGCAAUCCUCUCCAACUUUCCAGCCGGCUCUCCUCCCUUCCCUCCCUCCUCUUCCUCUGAGAGGAAGGUCCCCAGCGCCUCGUAUCGGGCGGGGUCUCGUACCCCCCUGAGGCCCCCUUCUCCCCCUUCCUCCCUCUCUGGUAUCUCCUCCCUGGUACGGCCUACUAGUCCUCAGCCAGCCUCCCCAGGUCACUCUCCUCGACAGCAGACUCAACAGCGGGGGACCAAGAACAUAGUGGGUCCUCCUAGUGCUCCCAGUGGCCCCGGGCCUGCAGGGGCCUCCAGCCAGGUAGACAUGAUGACAGGCUGGCUGACUGACGGACGGACGGACAGACUGACUGAUUGGCUGGCUGAAUGACGGACAGACAGACAACCAGACUGACUGACUGCAUGUCCCUGCUCUUGACAAACACAGGCAGAGGAAACUGCCUCCCUCCAUGUGAUAACAUACUGUAGCCAGGAAGGUUAAUCAACAACCGAUCAGGUUGAUCAGAAAGUCAUCCAUUCACGAAUCAUGAGAGUGAAUAUUUCACAGGGUUAUCCUGUACAGUUUUCAUUAGUAUUGUCAAAGUGUUCACCGCCUGGGUCUUUUUCAAAAGAACAAGAAAGAGAACAUAGGGCUGAAAAGGGCAGUAUGUGCAUAAAUUCCAUGACUAAGCAGGGUGGCAUUUUCCUCUUUAAAGCACAGUACACAAUUACUGUUAAAGUCGUACUCUGUAGUUCUUCACUUAAAGAGAAGCACUGGAUUUGUAAUCUAUAAUUAUACUGUACAAGGGUCUAAACAUAUACACCUGUCGCACAGUCACAUUUACAAGCUGUGAUUUUCACAUUAUACACACUGGAUGCUGUUGUUUUAGUUGCCCGUUAACACAUGGUGUGAGUGUCACUUUGUCACCAAGUAGUAGUUAACUAGUAGAGGACCAAAAUGUAAACCCUUUCUCUGCUCUCCUCUCUACUGUGCUUGCGAUGCCUCUUUCUCUCUCUCUCUCUCCUUGCGUAUCUUUUGAGCUCUGUCU